UCUGGUGUAGUGGCCCGUUUAUUUACCACCAAGAUUGCCAGUUACUAUGAAGAAUUUUACAAGUCCAGAGGAGUGAAGUUUAUCAAAGGAACUGUGUUGACUUCAUUUGAUUUCAACACAGAUGGGAAGGUCACUGCUGUUAAUCUCAGAGAUGGAAGUAAGCUUCCAGCAGAUAUGGUUGUGAUCGGGAUUGGCAUCCGUCCGAAUACAAGUCUGUUUGAAGGCCAGCUAACCUUGGAGAAAGGUGGGAUCAAAGUGAAUGGCAGCAUGCAAUCAAGCAACAGCUCAAUCUAUGCUGUUGGUGAUGUCGCCGCAUUUCCAGUCAAAAUUUUUGGAGAAACACGAAGACUCGAGCAUGUUGACUGUGCACGUAAGUCGGCAAGGCAUGCUGUUGCAGCGAUUAUGGAACCAGAAAAGACAGGUGAAUUCGACUACCUGCCAUUCUUCUACUCGAGAGUCUUCACAUUGUCUUGGCAAUUUUAUGGGGACAAUAUCGGGGAAGUUUUCCAUUUCGGGGAUUUCUCGGGAAAGACAUUCGGAGCCUAUUGGAUACAUAACGGGCACCUAGUUGGUUCAUUCCUCGAGGGUGGAACUAAAGAGCAGUACGAGGCUAUAGCUCAUGCAACAAAGCUGAAACCCGCAAUUGAAGACGUAACCGAGCUUGAGAGGCAGGGUUUGGGUUUUGCCUUGUCCAUGAGUCGGAAACCUCCUCCAUCUCAGCCUAUUAUUGUUGGUGGGUCGGGUCUAGUUCUGGAUACAAAACCUAUAUACGCAUGGCAUGCUACUGCUGGAGUUAUUGUAGCUGCGUCUAUAGCAGCCUUUGCUUAUUGGUACGGUAGGAGGCGAAGAAGGUGGUGAAAACACUGUUUUUGACACCAUCACAUUUGAAGGAUUUGAGAAAUCCUAUACUGCAUUGCUUAUGUUGUAGCAUUUUUGGAAGAUCGAGAACCAUAAAUACUCGAUUUUACUUUAUAAUUCCAUCUCCGAGGAGGAAAUGGCGCAAAUUAUUGUUCUCACGGACAAAUUCGUAACAUGAUCUAUACAUAUCGUUUCACAUACAUGGCUUCAAAUCUUGGUCUA